UAACUAGACUCAUCAGCCGGAGUUCAAGAUGGCGAUCAGCGAGCAGCUAAUAUCGCAACUAAUCGAUGAUUAAUAUAACAUCUAAAUCCUCAUACCAUAAUAAGCUAUACGCGUUAUGUCAGUAUUUCACAUCAGGUUCUUAUGCCGUCCUAAAGCAGUGGAUAUCUGACAGUAGUGUGUAGAGAGAGACUGUGUGUGUUGCUUUUUAGCUUACGUCAAAUACAAAUAGUUGUUGAUCAGCUUUAUGAAGCUGUUUGGAAUGAUUGGGAAGUUUUCAUUAGUUUGGAGGUCAACAUGUCGCUAAGAGAGUUGAAAGUAUGCCUUCUUGGGGAUACAGGGGUUGGAAAGUCAAGUAUUGUGUGGAGGUUUGUGGAGGACAGUUUUGAUCCCAAUAUUAAUCCCACAAUUGGAGCAUCGUUUAUGACGAAGACUGUGCAGUACCAAAAUGAGCUUCACAAAUUCCUCAUCUGGGACACAGCAGGACAAGAAAGGUUUCGUGCCCUGGCUCCCAUGUACUACAGGGGCUCUGCUGCGGCUAUCAUUGUGUAUGACAUCACUAAAGAGGAAUCAUUCCAGACGUUGAAGAACUGGGUGAAGGAGCUUCGCCAGCACGGACCACCCAACAUAGUGGUGGCUAUCGCUGGCAACAAAUGCGAUCUCUCCGAUGCCAGAGAGGUGUCAGAGAAGGACGCCAAGGACUAUGCUGAUUCCAUUCAUGCCAUAUUUGUUGAAACCAGUGCCAAAAAUGCCAUUAACAUCAAUGAGGCCUUUAUUCAGAUAAGUCAAAGGGUCCCAGUUUUAGACACGGAUGGCGGGUCUGCAGUCAAGGGCUUCAAACUUCGUCGCCAGCCAUCAGAGUUGACCAGGGAACGCACUUGCUGUUGACACAAUCGUAAACCAUUUGGCCAGAUCCUCUCCAGCCUCUCGUUUUAUUUUCAAUUAGUAACCAAGGAUAAUAGCAGAUGAAGAAUGUGAUGUCAUAGGGGAAAUUACGUAACUUCCUUUUGGAGCCAAAAAAGAAGUUCAGUUAAAAAUGAAAUGUAUAGUCUGAAUCCUGAUGCACUUCCUUGAGAAAAGAUGAAAAUGCCCUCACACAGUCGUUGUACCUUACCUUGCCUGUUCUUCAGCCCCCGUUCAAAUGUCUUUGGGGAUCCAUUUCUGUUCUAGAUCACUACCUAGAAUCAGACAGCAAUGAAAACACCUGCUUAACAGAUCAGAUACUGUCCUGUCCUGCUCUCUUUCUCUCUCUCGUUCGUUCUCAUCUCUGUGCAAAAACCUCUGCAAAACUCUGUGAAGUUUCCUAGUGAAGCCGUUGUCUGUACAUUUUAAGAUUUUCAGCACUCCAAAUGCAAGCAACACAGCGUUCUUGUCUCACUAUUUUUGCACAUUUUUGAUGUAUAUGAUAAAAAAAGAAUGGUAAAAAUAUAUAAAUGGGUGAAUCUCAUGAAAGCUGUCAUAUUCAUGUCUCAUUUGAGUCAAAUCAGGUGAAAAAAAUAUGAAAUUAUAUUUUGCAUAAAGUGAAGGUAAAGUCCAUUCUUAGGACUAUUAAGAUGUUUUUUUUCAUUGUGUAACAGUUAAAAAUAAUUUUUACUAUAAAACAGUAAUUAAUACAGCUGUAUUACAUUAAUCAGAAAUACAGUAUGUAAAAGUGCUUAAUUGUCCUGAAAAUAAUGUAAAAAUAAAAAAUAUGAAUGCUCCUAAAAGUAGACCUCAUUAUCUCUCCUUUUUUUUCUUGUGAUUUUGAGGUUAAAAUGACACAGUCAUGUUUUUGUGAGAUUUACCCAAAUACAAAAUUACUAUUAUAAAUAUUAAGAUAUGGUUGUUAUUUCUGUUGCGCAGGACCAGACAUGAGGCUGUGUGCACUUCUGUCUUUCCUAUAUUUUGUAUAUGAAAAAAUAAAACUAAAGUGGCUAGCAGCCCUAUUUUGAGAUGAGUUUAAAGUUAUAUAUGAAGAAAAAAUGUGUAAUAUAGUAGGAGUUGCAUCUUGUAGUAGCAGUUCAAUAGGUCAGUGAUGAUGAUGGCAGCAUGUGUGAGUUCAACAAAACCUUCUGCAUAUUUAAUCAGUUCGCAAGUUGAGAUAACUAGUAACACAGUAUUUGCUCCAAUUGGCUACAUUCUGGGUUGCCAGAUUCUUAGCUACAGAUCCAGCCUGUUCUUGGAUUAACAAGCAGAAUGGACUUUUAUGUUUGCUGGUAAAUGUCUGACCGUUGUUACCGCUUACAGUGCAUAAUUGUGGCAUUAGAGAAGUUCAGCCCUCACACUUUUGUGAUAAAGUUGGCCAGUCUUCUAAAAUGUUGACAAGAAUAGCAGUUUCAAAGUGUUAGAUUUGAUAACUUUUCCAACUGUGCACAUGUUUUCCAUAUCGGAAAUGUAAUGUCAGUGGGAAGGAGCCAAAUGCCGGAAUUCUGUCCAUUGAAGUGGUGCGAUUUAGGCUUUUGUCCAGAACUAUGUGAAGUGUGCAUUAUGUCCGAAUACUUUCUGAAAUUGCAUUUUAACCAUUUGUGUUAGUUGGCAGAUCUCUUCAGAACCCUUGCUGUUCCUUUUUAUGACAUUUUUUACUGGAUUGAGUGAUUUUGUGAGGUCUUGCCAAAUGCCCUAAUUGUCUUAUAAACAUUUUUCAUCUUUCUCAUUCUUUCACUAAAAAACAUUUGGCCUGCACUUCCAACAUGCUUUUUACUAUCUGGACAGGGAUAAAAAAGGAGCGUAUCUGGAAACUAGUCUUGGUUCAGAUGUUUAAGAACAAGACAUAAAAAAG